GGCGGUGUCCGUGCUGGCCGCCGUCCGCGGCGGCGACGAGGUGAGGCGCGUCCGCGAGAGCAACGUCCUCCACGAGAAGUCCAAGGGGAAGACGCGCGAGGGAGCCGAGGACAAGAUGACCAGCGGCGACGUGCUGUCCAACCGCAAGAUGUUCUACCUGCUCAAGACCGCCUUCCCCAGCGUGCAGAUAAAUACUGAGGAACAUGUGGAUGCAACUGAUCAGGAGGUUAUCUUAUGGGAUCGUAAGAUUCCCGAGGAUAUCCUGAAGGAAAUAUCUACCCCUAAAGAAGUGCCAGCAGAAAGUGUUACUGUCUGGAUUGACCCACUUGAUGCUACGCAGGAAUAUACGGAGGAUCUUCGAAAGUAUGUCACUACUAUGGUGUGUGUGGCUGUAAAUGGUAAACCUGUGCUAGGAGUUAUACAUAAGCCAUUUUCUGAAUAUACAGCUUGGGCAAUGGUAGAUGGUGGUUCCAACGCGCUCUUCCUACAACGAGAAUACCCCAAGGAUUGUUGUGUCUCGCUCCCAUUCAGGGAUGGUCAAGCAGGUUGCUCUUCAGACUUUUGGAAACCAGACUACAAUCAUCCCAGCUGGAGGUGCUGGUUAUAAAGUUUUAGCACUUUUGGAUGUGCCUGAUAAGAGUCAAGAAAAAGCUGAUCUAUACAUCCAUGUGACGUACAUCAAAAAGUGGGAUAUAUGUGCUGGUAAUGCUAUCUUAAAAGCCCUCGGGGGGCACAUGACUACCUUGAAUGGUGAAGAAAUCAGCUACACCGGUUCAGAUGGCAUUGAGGGGGGACUCCUUGCAAGUAUCAGAAUGAACCAUCAGGCUCUGGUCAGAAAACUCCCAGAUUUAGAAAAGACAGGACAUAAAUAAGCAUAACUAAUUACAGGGUGCAACUCUUCCAAAGCUGAAAUGGCUAGCCUGAAACAUGGAGGCGUCAAAAGAAUUGGUGGAGACUGUGCAUGGUUAAGGCCAUCUCAAACUUUUUAAAGUAUUUAUGAAGCAUCAGAGACUUAUUUUCCCUGUGUUAGGAUGCAAGAUCAGGGAAAAUGGGCUGCUUCGUGUCUCAAGUAUUGUCUUUAUUUUUGAGACUAUUUUCGUACAGUUGUCAUACACAGGACACAUAUAUAUAUAUUUGUGAAUUAAAAUCUAUAGCUGGUCCUACAUUGUUAUGAGUCACCAUUUUAACACAACAUCAUGAAUCUCCACUAUUUGUUAGUACUUUCAUAUAAAAUUGGGUUGAAGGAAGGAAUGAUUUUGUGUAGAUGUUUAAUAUAACUUUAUAAUUAGAUUUCAUUGAAAAUAAAGCGAUUGGGGAUUUUUACCCCUAAUUUGGGUGGAAAGCACAAAAAAGCCACACAUUUAUUAAUAUGCAACAAAAUGCUCUAUUUAUCUAUUACUGAAUGUUUCUGUGGAUUAAAAUAGAAAAAGCUUAAGUUGAUUUUUUUCUUUGAAAUUUUAAUAACAGGUUCACCAGCUAGUUGGAAGUAGAGACAUAGAGUGGUUUGCAUUGUAAUUGUAGUAAUUUCUGUGUCUGUGUGUAUGUUUUGUUUUUAUAAAGAUAAGUAUGUUUCUGUCCAUGGGUUUAACAAUUCUGCCAUCUUGCUCUCGAUUUUCCUUUUUCCGAUAGAAGAUGCAGGGUCCAUCCGUUUUCUUCUGAUAGACUUUUAAUCUUUAACUCAUGAAGUUUGGUUCAAGGUUUCAGGGUUAGCAAUAUGAUUUUGGUACAUUUUUCUCAUUAGGGAUCUAAUAUGCUAUAAGGCACUGUAAGACUAUAAGAUUCCAUUAUAAUUGAAAGUUACUUGAUAUUACAGGAACUGAACUAGCUUUCAUUACUUUCUAAGACUUUGUUUUAAUAAUUAAAAAAUUAAAAUUUGCCAAGUUUCUAUAUCGACGAUUCUCUCGCUAUCAAGAAUGAAUAUGGUUGCUUUUGCCAUGGUCAUGUUUACUAUUAAUAAAUGUAUUUAACUGAACCAAACUUUCAAAUUAGUAACUUUUGAGGUACUCUCUAGUUUCCCUUUAGAUUAGAAUAAUAAAGGUUAAAGGUAUUUUUUGAUGACUUUUUUUUUCUGUUUAGUCUACAGAAUCUGAACAUGGGUUGUGUCACCACAAUUAGAACUUUGCUUUGUGAACUGUCUUUGGUUGGAACAUGUGGUUUCUCAUUGUGAUGUCUGGAAACUUCACGAACAAUACCAUUGUUUCAUGUGACAUCAGUGCCCUUGUAUUCCUUAGUACAUUUGUAAGGAGAGGGAUUUCACAUGCUUUCUUCUUUGCUUUCUUCUCUCUUUCUUUCCUUUCUUCCUCCCUGUUUUUAACCCGAAAGCAGCUUUCCAUUUUUUUGCCUGUCUUGGAGGUAAUAGUAACCAAAAAGAGUUCAUUCUAGCCUCUUGGAGUGUGCAUACUUUUGGUUUUCACAUUACAUUGUCCCAAACCCUUCAGUUCCUCAUUUCUGAACCGAACCUAUUUUAUAAACACAUGUCACCUCAUCUCUCACUGGUCAGAAAUCCCACAAGAGAGUGGGCUUCAUUAGGUAGGGCUUUUGUUCGUUAA